AUGGAGGCUAACAGAAACACCUUUUCGCUUCCUCAUGAAAAUGAACAGAAUAGAAUCGAUCACUUAACUAAUCCAAUAACAACAUCACAACCAAAUUUCCCAAAUUCUCUAAAUAAUGAUUCAACUUAUUCAAACCAAAUACUGAAGAAUAAAGAUGGAAAUAUGAACACCCAAAAUAAUAUUAACCCGAAUCUAACGGGAUCCGACCUAGAUAACAACGGGAAUAGUGAUAGUACCAAUAAUGAAAAUAACGUGAAUAGUACCAAUAAUGCAAACAAUAACGAUAAUGAUAAUGAUAAUGACAACGAUAACGAUGAUGACGAAGAAUCUCCAUCGUAUUCUAUAGGCACACAAGAUCAACCAUCUGGCAGUAAUAACAUAAAUAUGUCAUCUCAACAUGUAAAACAUACUAGGAAAAAAUGGAGAGAACCAGAAGAUAUCUCAUUCUUGAAAGUUAUCUUAAAUAAUGCUCAAUUAUUAACAUAUGUGGAAUAUUUUAAACCAAUGAAAAACUUUUGGAUAAAAUUAUCACAAAUAUUAAGACAGGAAUAUGGUUAUGAUAGAAAUUCUAGACAAUGUCAUGAUAGAUUCAAAGUAUUAUAUCUUAAAGCCAUCAAACUGAGAGAUCUUCAAGCUGAAACUAUCCCAAAUUAUAAUCCUCAAACAAAUAAUAAUUUGAAAGCUAAUACAGAAUUAGAAUUUAGAUUACUUCAGUUGUUAAAUACAUUUAAUUAUCAUAAUGGGACUAUUAUAUUGAAUUCUCCUGUCACUUUAGCUGCAGAAACAGAUAAUAAGAGUCAAAUUCCUUUCGUGAAUCAAAACUCUAAUACAAAUCCUCUACGGCCAAACGGUUUUGAUCAUCCUAAUGGUUCAAACCCUAACGCUCUUAAUUUUUCAAAUUCAAAUGAUCAAUUGACAAAAUUGUCAAGUGCAACUCCUGUAAAUCAAUUUGCCACACAAGCAUCGAGGCCGCCACUGAUUGGAUCGCAAAGAAACAAUCAAUUUAUUCAACCUACACAAUCACCUGACCCACAAUAUCGAGAUCCACAAAUUAGAAUCAUUGAAGAUUUAAAAGAACAAAUUACAGCUUUACGAAAUGAUAUUAAUGUCUUAAAUACAAGGUAUCAAGAACAAGCAAAUUAUAUUCAAACAAUUUGGUCUAUUAUUCAACCGCAAAACCAACAUCAACCACCUCAAUUAACACCAGCUCCUACUUUAUCAUAUGCAACAACAACAUCUUCUACUCAAUAUCCACAAUAUGACCCUAAUACAGGUUCCGCUCAAGAUAAAUUCCCAUCUUUAAGAGGAUUCCAAAGGGAACAUUAA